UGGAUCAACGAGAUGAAUCGGUUGAACUAGUGACCCAAUGACCACCGGGUCAAUUACCAAUUUGUUCUGAUAACUAUGCUACUAUGGCUAGGGGGAGUCAGGAUUGUGAUUGGUGAAGGAGAUUGAACUGAACCGAACGCAAGGUCGUGAUAGGGUUUUGGAAAGAAUGAGCGUGGAAGAUCUUCCUCGGAAGGAGGUGAAUGUGCUGAAGGGGCACGAGGGCGCCGUACUUGCCGCGAGGUUCAACGCCGACGGCAACUACUGCCUCAGCUGCGGCAAAGACCGCACCAUACGCCUCUGGAAUCCCCACCGUGGCAUCCACAUCAAGACCUACAAAUCCCACGGCCGCGAAGUCCGCGAUGUCCACGUCACUUCGGACAACUCCAAGCUAUGUUCUUGUGGUGGAGAUCGCCAGAUUUUUUAUUGGGAUGUAGCUACAGGCCGUGUAAUUCGAAAGUUCCGUGGUCAUGACGGUGAGGUCAAUGCUGUGAAAUUCAAUGAGUAUUCCUCUGUGGUAGUAUCAGCUGGCUAUGAUCAAUCCUUGCGUGCUUGGGACUGCAGAUCCCACAGCACCGAGCCUAUGCAGAUUAUUGACACAUUCUCAGAUAGUGUCAUGUCUGUUUGCUUAACAAAGACUGAAAUCAUUGGAGGAAGUGUUGAUGGAACUGUUCGAACCUUUGACAUUCGUAUUGGCAGAGAAACAUCCGAUAACUUGGGGCAACCUGUUAACUGCAUAUCCAUGUCCAAUGAUGGUAACUGCAUUCUAGCUGGUUGUCUCGACUCUACUCUGCGUCUUUUGGACCGAUCUACAGGGGAGUUAUUGCAAGAAUAUAAAGGACACACUAAUAAGUCUUUUAAAUUGGAUUGCUGCCUUACCAAUACGGAUGCUCAUGUAACUGCUGGCUCUGAGGAUGGCUACAUCUAUUUUUGGGAUCUUGUAGAUGCAUCAGUCGUGUCAAGAUUCAGGGCUCAUAACUCGGUGGUAACAAGCGUAAGUUAUCACCCAGAGGAGAAUUGCAUGGUAACUGCUUCUGUGGAUGGCACCAUUCGAGUGUGGAAGACAUAGGAACAAAAUGCAAGCAGGAAGCUUCUCUUGUGUCUACUCGGCCCAUACCAAUGCCCAAAUAGAGCAAUAAUGACUUGUCCAACACCAUAUGAAGCCCACAGAAACCGUGUUACUUCAGCCUAUAUUAUAUUAGUAUAUGCAUGUUCCUAGAACUGCAUGUGCAUUUGAUUUGGAAGCUAGUUAAUACAAGGUGUGAGUCUUAGCUACUGAAUCUCUGGUCUCCUGUCAAAUGUCAGAAACAGUUUUUGUUUUUUCACCAAAAGAAAUAGGGGUAUCAGGGAAUGGGUUAAUCCACUUGUGGCCAUGCAGAGAAAAUGAGUUGUGUUUCUAUUCAAUUAUUAUGCAGUCAAGUUUAUUCUGUUAUCCUUUUCAUUGGGCAAGCAUUAAUUAAGGAUUGUGGUACUUGGAUUUUUGCUAGUGAAGUUGUUGGUGAAUAAGUGAAUGUAUACUUUUGUUUUAGUGAUAUGAUUCUUCAGU